CUCCAGCGCGCUCUAGCGCGCCCAGCUUUUCGGCGCACUUCAGGGGGCGUGGCUCGGGCCCAUCCCGGCGGCGAGGCGGCAGCACCGGCCAAUAGGCAAUUAGCGCGCGUCGGGCUGCCUUCCCCGCGCCGGACCCGGGAGGUCUGAACGGAAGUCCGACCCUUCGGCGACCCGACGGCUAAACCCCGCGCCAUCCCCGACUGCCUGAACCGCUCCAGGAGACGGAGCGCAAGUCCAGCUUACCCACAGACGACUCAGGCGGGAGACGAGCGGUGUCAUGGCCGCCUACAGUGACGAUGGCGCAGCUUCAGCUCCCGCAGCUUCCGACGGUGGUGUCAGCAAAAGCACAACAUCUGGGGAGGAGCUAGUAGUCCGGGUUCCCGUAGUGGAUGUGCAAAGCAACAACUUCAAAGAGAUGUGGCCAUCCCUCCUGCUAGCCAUAAAGACAGCUAAUUUCGUGGCUGUGGACACGGAGCUGAGUGGGCUUGGGGACAGGAAGAGUUUGCUGAACCAGUGCAUCGAGGAACGUUACAAGGCUGUGUGUCAUGCUGCCAGGACCCGUUCUAUCCUCUCCCUGGGCCUCGCCUGCUUCAAGCGACAGCCAGACAAGGGUGAACAUUCCUAUCUGGCUCAGGUGUUCAAUCUCACUCUGCUGUGCAUGGAGGAGUAUGUCAUAGAACCAAAGUCUGUGCAGUUCCUGAUACAGCAUGGCUUCAACUUCAACCAGCAGUAUGCCCAAGGCAUCCCCUACCAUAAGGGCAAUGACAAGGGUGAUGAGAGCCAGAGCCAGUCAGUACGGACCCUAUUCCUGGAGCUAAUCCGAGCCCGCCGGCCCCUGGUGCUACACAAUGGCCUUAUAGACUUGGUGUUCCUAUACCAGAACUUCUAUGCACACCUCCCUGAGAGUCUGGGAACCUUCACUGCUGACCUGUGUGAGAUGUUCCCAGCAGGCAUUUAUGACACCAAAUAUGCUGCUGAAUUUCAUGCCCGCUUCGUGGCCUCCUACUUAGAAUAUGCCUUCCGGAAAUGUGAACGGGAAAAUGGGAAGCAGCGGGCAGCUGGCAGCCCACACCUUACCCUGGAGUUCUGCAACUAUCCUUCCAGCAUGAGGGACCAUAUUGAUUACCGUUGCUGCCUGCCCCCAGCAACCCACCGUCCUCAUCCCACCAGCAUCUGUGACAACUUCUCGGCUUAUGGCUGGUGCCCCCUGGGACCACAGUGUCCUCAGUCCCACGAUAUUGACCUUAUCAUUGACACUGAUGAGGCUGCAGCAGAGGACAAGCGGCGACGGCGACGACGUAGGGAAAAACGGAAGAGGGCUUUGUUGAACCUAGCAGGGACACAGACCUCUGGGGAAGCUAAGGAUGGUCCUCCCAAGAAGCAGGUCUGUGGGGAUAGCCUCAAGGCUGAAGAAACUGAGGAGGUGGCUGAGAAUGAAACUAGAAAUCUGCCUCACUCCAACCAAGGCAACAAAAAUGACGUAGAGAUGGGGGUUACGGCAGCAAGGCCUGAAAUAGCUGAUACAGCUACCUCAGAAGUGCCAGGGAGCCAAGCCAGUUCUAACCCAGUACCUGGGGAUGGAUUGCACCGGGCUGGUUUUGAUGCCUUUAUGACAGGUUAUGUGAUGGCCUAUGUGGAAGUAAGCCAGGGACCCCAGCCCAGCAGCUCUGGACCCUGGCUCCCUGAAUGCCACAAUAAGGUAUAUUUGAGUGGCAAAGCUGUACCCCUCACAGUGGCCAAGAGCCAGUUCUCCCGUUCCUCCAAAGCCCACAAUCAGAAGAUGAAGCUCGCUUGGGGCAGCAGCUGAUGCAACUUCCACCUAGCACUCAGGUGGAACGGAGGUAUUUUGGGUCUUUCUAGCCUGUAAAUGUCAUACUCAACUACUACUGAGUUUAGGGGAGGGGGAGUGUCCUGACAGACAUAUCACUGCAUUGCCCUGGACCUCCUCCUUUAUCUCAGUGCCUGAGGUACAAGUAAGAAGGCUGACCAGCACCUGUAACACCGACUUUAUUUUUAAGUCUGAAAAUGUCUUGGGAAAGUUUUACAAAAAAAAUCAACGGAAGCAAGUUACGAAAAUA